AUGCAUCAUCUGUUUGGGCUGGUUUUGUCACAAAAGGACCUUUCCCGUGCAGGGGAUCUUUUCUCCUUAGAGGAUGCUGAAAUCGAGGGAAGCCUCUCAGAAGCUCUUGAACAAAUAAGAAUAAUUAGUUCAUCUGUGGACUACCAGACCAACGACAACGACCAGGCUGUGGUGGAGAUCUGCAUCACGCGCAUCACCACGGCCAUCAGGGAGACGGCGUCCAUCGAAAAGCACGGGAAAGCCCUGGUGGCUCUCUGGGAGUCGUGUCUAGAACACAACCUGAAGCCUUCUGGAAAAGAUGAGGACACGCCACAUGCCAAAAUUGCAUCCGAUAUCAUGAGCUGUAUCUUGCAGAAUUACAAUCGACCUCCAGUAAUGGCCUUAGCUGUCCCAGUGGCAGUGAAGUUUCUGCAGAGGGGCAAUAAGGAGCUGUGCAGAAACAUGUCGAGUUACCUGUCCUUGGCUGCGAUCGCUAAAGCAGAUCUGCUGGCUGAUCACACAGACACCAUUGUCAAAAGUGUCCUUCAAGGGAACUCCAUGCUGCUGCGUGUCCUCCCUGCUCUGUACGAGAAGCGACCGGAGCCCAUAACCCUCCAUCUGCGGGAGCUGGUGGCACUGAUGGCUCAGCUGGAUCACGCCGAACAACAUCACCUCCUCAGGCUCCUCCAGAGCGUGGCCAGGAAAAAAGAACUUGGGGUGCUGAAAGGGUGUAUUCCAUUCCUCUUGGGACAUUUGAGGGACCCUAACCACAGUGAAAUUAUUCUCAGCAUCCUUAUAGAAAUAUCCAGCUAUGAACCAACAGCCUUGGCCGCUUUUCUCCCGACGCUAAAAGAAAUUGGGGAGAGUUUUCCAAGUUUGAUUGGGCAAACAGCAAAGAUCUUUGGAGCGGUUGGACACGUUGAUGAGGAGCGAGCCAGAAUCUGCCUGGUGUAUCUGGUGAACCAGCUGGCCAACAUGGAGCACUCAUUCCACCACAUUCUUUUGCUGGAAAUCAAGAGUCUCACUGACACCUUCUCGAGCAUCUUGGGCGCCCAGAGCAGAGACAUCUACCGCAUGAGCAACAGCUUCACUGCCAUCGCCAAGCUCCUCGGCCGACAGCUAGGGAACGACAGCGCGUCCGGAGCCAGGACGGAAAAUGAUACUGAAACAGAACCUCCUGUACCAGCGGAUGAUUUAAAAGCUGUUAUGAAUGGAAACGAAGAAGAUGAGAAGCUGCAAGUUAAAAUACAGGCUUUCGAAGAGAAAAUAAACCUCGACAACAGUACCCCUGGCUCAGCGCGGAGAUACAGUCUAGGGCAGGUUUCUAAAGAAGAAAGGAAGGAUAUGAGAUUUAACAGGUCCAAAAGCCUGGCUUUGCACGCUGUCCGCAUGAAGGGGGUGAACUCGGAGAGCGGGCAGGAGGAGGAGAACGGGGAGAUAACCGCUGGCAUCUCCCUCACCGAGAUCUACAUCGGCCAAGAAAAUGACAAAUUGCCUUUUAGUGUUGACACUGAAGCAAUGCAACUGGGGAAUUCUUUGGUUUCACACCAAAGUAUCGAUAACACGGAAUCAGCAAAUUUGCCAGAAAUGAUAAAUAAAGAAAAGGCCCCCGAAGAAAUCCCAGAGGCAGGGACGAGCCCCGUGGAAUACCAGGACAAGCUCUACUUGCACUUGAAGGAAAACCUGGGAAAAGUGAAAGCAUAUGUCACAGAGAUGGGGAGGAAAAUCCCCAUCCCCGAUCAGUGCGUUAUUGAAGAUACUGUUAGAAGCUGCGUAGCGAAGCUGUUCUUCAGCUGUCCCCUGAAGGGCCAUUACUGCCUGUACAGUAAAUCCAGUUUCACCCUGGUCAGCCAGCAGCCUCCGCUCUGGAUCCAUCUCAUGUUCCUCUUCCAGCAGAGCUUGUUUGCAGAACCUCUGUCCAUACAGAGUAAUUCCGUGCAAGUACUCAAAGCCCUGUGGGAGAAGACACAGCUCAAGGGGACGCACAGUUUUGAAACUGCCAUGAUUCAGUCCACAUUUCCACACCAAAAG